UAAUGAUGUUUUAAUAAAGUCUAUUUGCUGCAGUAGUUCCAGGCGGCAUUUCACUCUUCCACCCCCUGCGAGAAUCUUUUCGGCGAUUGUCGGGGGCAGGGGUCAAGAGAGAUGAAUGACGGGUAAGUCACGUGACACCAGUGUGCAAAGUUCAAGCAUUAGAAUAACAACACUGUGGCUUGGAAGCAGUCGCGGAUUUUCCUUUCGCGUGAAUACAAGUGGUCUUUCCCUCGGAUCAGACACUUAGUUAAACGAAUGGCGUUGCUGCAUGUAGAUACUGGUAAUUAAAACUCCUGUCACUCCACGUAUUUCUGCACCAACAGCCAAGGCACCUUAGCAGCGGCACUGCACUACACCGGCAACCAAGCACGCGCUACGGAAUCCCCUCUUCUCACGAGGCGUUUCUGUUGACUAAGAAGAUAAUUUGUGUUCCAAGUCAAAGGUUCUGAAUGAGAGAGACAUCUUCAGAGAUGACAGCACAUAACAGUAUUGGUCUCGGCACCGAGACUUCCAUGGCACUCAGUCAGAGCAUGGAUUCAGUAAACACUGUACCUGAAGAAGAGGUGCGGACAUUAUUUGUAAGUGGACUACCAAUGGACGCCAAGCCCAGGGAAUUGUAUUUGUUAUUCAGAGCUUAUAAGGGGUAUGAAUCUUCUCUAUUAAAAAUAAUGGCCAAGGGUAACCUCAAAAACAAUGCUCCUGUAGGCUUUGUGACCUUCACGUCAAGAGUGGCUGCCGAAACAGCUAAACAAGACUUGCAGGGCGUAAGGUUCGAUCCUGAUCUCCCCCAGACUCUAAGGUUAGAGUUUGCCAAGAGUAACACCAAGGUGACCAAGCCCAAGCAACAAUCACCGCAACCUGCAGCCACGCACCCAACUAUAAUCCAUCCUCUAACUGGACAAGAAUUAGGUGCUGCGUUUUUACCAGGUGCGGAAGCAUGGGCGGCACAUCCUCUUGUAACAGCAGCUUACGAAUUGCCAACCGCGGCUUCGAUUCAUCAUCCUACUCUCAUUCAGCAUCCCUCAUUUGCCACACAAGUCAGCAAUUCAUAUUAUCAGACUCCACUACUGGCUCACCACGUGAUGACUCCGUCAGCAAUACCCCAUCCUCAUCUCGCUACCAGCCCAGUAUUGGGGAGCCCCGUCAGUAACGGGAAUGCUUCCCCGAACGCACCUUGUUCCACACUGUUUGUGGCUAACCUCGGACAAUUCUGCUCAGAACAGGAGCUGAAAGAAUUAUUUCAAAAUUUCCAUGGCUACUGUAGACUAAGGAUGCAUAAUAAAGGAGGUUCUCCGGUAGCAUUUGUUGAAUAUCAGGAUAUUGCCACGGCAACAAGAGCCAUGGCAGCCCUUCAGGGGGCAGUACUGUUCUCCUCAGAGCGAGGUGGCAUUCGCAUUGAAUAUGCAAGAAAUAAGAUGGGGGAGGUGAGUGAUCUUCUCAACAGCAAUGAGCCCUCUCUGAAGGUUUUGCAGGAUGGCCAGCACCUGUCUGCAAGACAUCCAAGUCCUUUUUAUGUUCAAUACUAGUUUGACUGUACUAGUACAAAAAAAUUCAAAGCAAUCACAAUUGUUAGAUAUAUUUUUAAUGAAAAAGAAAGAUGGAGAAAAUGGUGCUUUUUAUUACUGUACUAAAUCAAAAUCCUCUACUGACUCAAAAGGGGUCUUUGAAGGUUUUUUCUUUAAGGCAUGUUUGUGCCUUUAAGGGGAAUCCGCGAACAUUUUUUCUGCUUUUCGUUAUUUUAAUGCCAUUUGGAAAACUGCAGACAAUAAUCUGAAAAUCUACCUCACUUUCAAUUGGCAAAAUCAAGAGAAAGAAAAAACACAAAAAUGAAAUUUAUCUAGAAUCCAUUCUUAUGAUUUAGAAAAUCGUACAAUUAUCUGUUUUUGAUUUGGAUGCGAAGAGAUCAUCUUAAUGAAAAGUAGACCUUGUUCUUUUGACAGGGUAACCAAAAUGGCUCCCUUUCUCCAGGGUCGGAAGACGAGUAUCAGCAAUGAUGCAGGUUUCCAUGACAACUGAUAUUAAUACAGCAAUAAUAAGCUACAAUAUUUCUCAAUCUUGGAAUAGUUAAAUUAUUAUAAUUAUUAUUAUAAACAUUAUUAUUGGUGUUACUAUCAUGAGAAUUAUCAUGGUAAUUGUUCAGAUGUAUGGCAAGCAAGUCCUUGCCUGGAAGUGUAACUUCCUACAGUGGUUAAUGGUGAAGGUAGAACAUAAUCACUUAAGAUCUAUAGCUGUAGUGUAGUUUUUGUCCAUUCAUAUUUGAACUGUAGCAUAUCAGAUUCUAAUUCUAUAAUGGUACAUAUCUGUCGUCUUUUGAUGUGCUGUUAUCUGGCGGGUAGAGAUAUCGACGCUCCGUCCAUAGACUAAGGGGAGUCACCAUCUUUUACCUAUACUUUUGCAGCUUUGUUACUGAGUUAUAUUUCUUGGUGUAUAUUAUGAAUGACCUCUGAGAUUGUCUAUGUAUUAAGUAGUUGUUUACAAUGUUGUAUAGUAAGAAGCAAUGUCCCAUGACAAGGAGGCGUUACGUUUGCAUGACUACGCAGAUAUACUCAAGACGUUAUGUUGUUGACAAUCCAUAUUCUUGCCAGAAUGUUUUCUAUAGUGUGGAUCCCAAAAUUUGCUUUAAAAAAGAGCAAGAGAUCAAUUGUUUUGCUGUGUUAUAUUUUAUUAUUUCCCAUGAUGUAGCGGAAGAAACUGUUUUCUUUGUUGUUUGUAUUUUACAGUUUCAGCAGCUUAUUUAUUAAUUAGCUGAGUGGUGAGAAAUCUUACAUACUUACAAACGAACAAACACUUUUGUGGAGGAACGGCAAAUAUUUUGAACAAUUUUUUAUUAUUAAGUACUUGCAAGAUUUUUUUCAUAUUGUUCCACAACAAUGUUGUCGUAAGUGUAGUGUCUGUAUUGUGUAUUGCGGUAGUGAAAAGCGUUCGUUUUUUUAUUUUAAAGGAAAGGAAGCAUGAACAAUAAAUUGAGUGAUUUUGCAAAUGCAGAAGAGAAACAAACAUUCCAUUCCUGUCAGAAGUAUUAUAUGUGGUUCGUAUAACAUCAAGCAAUAUGCAAAAUUUAACGAUUCUUUAAUGAUGGAGAAUUUUUUCAUUUAAUUUUACUUGUAAAUGGCACUUGCAUGUACAGAAUUUCUUUUGCCACGACAAUCUCGUUAUGAACUUGGGACAAAACGUACACGUAGAGCGAUCAGAAAAAAACAAUCAAUAGUUGCGUCGGACUUGCUCCGUUUUAAAAUCGCAGGGUGUCUAUGAACUGACAAUGAACAACGAAAUCACAAAUGUUAAAAUAUUAUUACGAUACUGACGUCAUGGUUUCUUUGAGUAAAAUAGUAUUAUUAUUAUUAAUCAAGUUGGUUUUGAUUUGCAUAGUAGAAGGCUUACAAGGGUUACUCAAACCUUUAGUCUGGGGCAUUUUUUGUUGUUGUUAAUCUUGGUUUUAAUGUAUUCUGAUAUGCCAUUCUCCUAUGCAUCGUACUACUUCAUGAAUUUGAAUAUAUCAUGACUGUUAUUAUAAGAUUGAUUACAGAUACUGUUGGUUGUACUCGGAUAUUCAGGCGUGUGAUGUAGAAUACGACGGCAUGUAGUCAGUGUGCUGGUCAUUUAGAAGAUUGACGGUCUCUGCAUGUUUUUGAAGAGAGCUGUUAAAUAAUCAAGACAACAGAUUUUGAUUUUUGUUAACAGCAGUUGGUUCUGUUUAAAGAAUUUUCCUUUGGUGCAGAGAAAUACUCAGAUGUCAAGUUUUAGCACAACUCGAGUAGAAGCAAGACCUGGCGGUCCUCGUGCGUGACGCAGCGUUUCUCUUUGCCCGCGCGCGGGUAUCUAUCUUGCCAAGGAGUGGACUAUCGUCUGCUCAGGGUCCUGAUGGUGAAACUGUUUCUACCAUCGUUAUAAAGCAUCCAUAUUUUCAUUGUCUGACAGUGCUCCGCCACUUUGUGUAUAUAGACAGGUCUAUCGCACUUGUUGUGUCACACACCGACAUCUUAGAACAGAAAAUUCACUAGUUGGAUUUGUAUUGCACAAAUAUAGAGACUGUAUAUAUAUAUAAUUCAGAUGUAAGAAAUUACGACUUUAUUAACAAUGACUGAAGUGUGGAAUAUAUAAUUUACGGGGAUAUAAUAUUAAAUUUAAAAUAUACGUAAAAUUAAGCCGCCGGGAUGUACAUAUUCAAAGGGAUCCGAGCGCUGUGGGCACUGAAAGCAUGGAUGUUAUUCUACCUAAGGAGCAUUACUUGUUUUAUUAUUAUUAUCAUCAUUAUUAGAUGUAGACAAAUGGGAUUUUUACCCUUCUUUGUAACAAUAAACUGUCAUCAAACAA